UUUGUUUUUAUAGUUGAACUGUCAACGACUAAACCGGUGACACUCCUCCAGGCUCUCGCCCAAGCAGGUGGAAGAACAACCUGACAGGACAAAAGAAUAGUACCUAUCUAAACAUCCAUCCAUCAAACCUACAAAGAAAACUGUUAUAGCAGACGCUUGUCUUUGAUGCUGCGCAGUAAAAUUGAACUCCGAACGACAUGAUAACAAGCUGAACUUCUUAACCGCAUUUUAAUUUUUUUCCUUGUUGUCAAAAUAUCUUAUAUAUUGUCUAAUAAGGAUAAAGCCUUUUGUUGACAAUUGAUUCAUUUCAUGUUUCCUGCCUACCCGCGUGCGUGUGUUUAUAUAUCUAUGUAUAUAUAAUGUAAAGUGAGUAAAAAAACUGUCAAACAAUGGUUAGAUGGUGAGAUUCAGGUCAAAACUUUAAAUUCUAUAAAUGACUCACAGUAAAUAUUUUUCUCAACAAACUCUCAGAUUUCCUCAGAGAUUUCUUCGCUAUCUGCGCGUCUACGUCACUGAAAUAAACACGUUCUUUCAUUCUCAAGAAACAGGAAACUUUGUACAUACAUGUGACAAAAACCUGCGGUUUGUUUACUGUUUUUGACCUGACAGCCUCCAGAUCGAAACACUAUCACUAUACAAAGUAAUGUGAACUCUAUAAUCAUAGUUCGUGUGAAUUUAAAACUUUUCUCAUAACGAAUUAAAAUAACAUAUUUGAUUUAUUUCUUAUCGAAUAUUUAUUUACUGAAGUUGAAGAGAAAAAAAAGGAGUUUAAAAAAAACAGAGAGAAACUGUCAAUGUUCAGCACCUGAUGUCAACAAGUCAGUGUUUGACAACACAGGUAAAUUCAACUUAGGUACCCUAAAAACCCAAAUUACUACUACAUCAAUAGCCACCCACAGAUACGCAACACAAUGAGCAUUGAUGGGGAAAACUAUCUUCACCCACAAAAUAGAACUCCUCCAAGGCUUCGAUUGGAGCCAUACCCAAAGAAGGAAAUUGUACCAACCAAAAAACAUCCAGGACGUUUUCAGAGAUUUGAUUCAGGUAUUGGUGAUCUAGAGAACAGUGGCAGUGGAGAGUUUCCCAUGCAAAUUCCAAGAUCUUGUUCCCCUCGUCCCUUUCAUUACGACUAUGCUGACUACCCUUCACAUCAGUAUGAAGAGGUCCCUAUACAAACGCCAUCUUAUUCCCGUGAUGAUUCCCAGCUUGGUAGACCAACAUUUAAUUCCUCGUCAGACAUUCCAAAUGAAGAGGAGAACCAAUCACAAUCACAUUCAGAAUCCAGUCGUAAAAGAGUAAACCCAUUAUAUGAAGCUGUGUGCAAGACUGGUUUGAACCAGAAUGAUAAUCAAUUUAAACUCCCUCCAAAUGAGUCCAUCUAUAAACAAUUCCAUUGUCUCCGCGUGGCCUUCACCCUGGUUGUUGCUGUUGUUCUCCUCUCAUUAAUUGCUAUCACAACUGUCAUCCUUUUAAAUGAACCAAAAGAAAAUGGUAAUUUGCUAAAGGAAUUCCAAGAAUUAAAAAACAAACACAUGUUAUUAGAAAGAAAGCUGGAAGAAAUAAUUCAGAACCAAAAUAACAGUGACAUAGCAAUGCGAUCCCUUGAUAAUGUCAUCGCCAAUAAAAAUGAAGACAUCCAAGAUCUGUUUUCAUAUCUAAAUAGCUCUUUACUGGAUUUCCAAACACAGCUACAUAAUAUUAGUAAAAUGACUGGACCUCAGGGUCCACCUGGUGUUGGAGAUCUUUCCAAAUGUAUAUACGAGUCCAGGCAUAACUCAGGUGGACAGGAUGUGACCUCAACAAUAUGGGCUCCACUUCAGAACAAGCUUAAAAACUAUAUUGUGAUGUCAGCUACAUGCUCUGUUUAUCACGGUCUGUCGACGCAACUGAGAGAGCAAAACAAUCAGUACCAGUGUAAAUGUUAUGGUCAUUAUCCCUCAGGCUCCAUGGAUAAAGUGUGUUAUAUUCAUCUUUGGCUUUGCCCGAAGAAAUCCUGAUUAUGUGUCUUUUGUUGGACAAUAUGUACAGUACUCACGAAAAGCCAUAGACGAAUGGGAGUAUUUUUACCAAGACAAAGCAGGAAGAGGGAAAUGCAUAUACAUAUAUACACACUUACACAUACUCACACACAUGUAUAAUAUUAUUGUUGGAUUUGCCUACUGUUCUAUUAUUUCAGGUUUCAAGCCAAAGAGGCAGUCAUCUGAUGGCAUAUCGGCAAAAUAUAAAAAAUAAUGAUUUGGUGAAUUCUAACAAUAGCAAAA